UUGAUAAAAUCAAACUUAAGAACGCAAUGCCCAUCCCUAUGCCAAGGAUAUAUUUGAUUAAAUUGACCUAAAUUACAUAAAUUUUGAUCAAUUGGAAGUCAAAGUUGGCAGACUAUCCACGUAAAUCUCCCAUCCCCUCAACAAUUUCCGCCGUCGUUCCGGCGUGCCCUUCCGAUUGACAGGAGGAAUCCAUGAACGUCGUCGUUUAUGAGGUGUCGACCACAUGCCAGGCGCAAAAGUGAGAAAGAAAUCUAAUACUAGGAGAUUAAACACCCUACCUCAACAACCUUCAAUGGCUUCCUCCUCUCGUUUUCUUCUCCAUUACAGAAAAAUCUCUGCCCUUGCAUUUUUAAUCCUAGUUGCUUGUUUGAUUAUUGUUUUGAACACUUCGUUGCGAAAGGAAGGCGUGUCUCUAUCAGAUGUUCCAUCGAAUCAACUUUACACAGUCGAAGUGGUCAAUGAGUUCCCUCACGAUCCUGACGCAUUCACACAGGGAUUACUGUAUGCAGAAAAUGACAUCCUAUUUGAGUCUACUGGGUUGAAUGGGGCUUCAUCUGUUCGGGAAGUCGCUCUGCAGACUGGCAAGGUUAAGGCUAUUCAGAGAAUGCCUUACUCUGAUUUUGGGGAGGGCUUAACUCUUUUUGGUGAUAGGUUGAUUCAAGUAACUUGGCGGCAGAGUACUGGUUACAUAUAUGAUCGGCAUAAUCUCAGCAAAUUUGAGAAGUUUCGCCAUGGUAUGCCCGAUGGUUGGGGAUUGGCAACUGAUGGGAAAGUCCUUUAUGGGAGUGAUGGAUCUUCUACACUGUAUCAGAUUGACCCUCAAACUAUGAAAGUAGUUAAAAAACAAAUAGUUAAUUAUCAAGGUGAUGAAGUACACAGGCUCAAUGAACUAGAGUAUGUUUAUGACGAAGUUUGGGCAAAUGUUUGGAUGGUAUGGACUUGCUCUCCGACAACUGCCUCUAUAGAACAAUUGAUUUCCUAUUAUUCAUCACAAUUAUAUUUAUCCAACAUGAAUCUGAGAAAGACUGACUGUAUAGCUAGAGUAUCACACACGGAUGGCUCAGUUCUUGGAUGGAUUCUCCUCCAAAAUUUGAGAGAAGGAUUGCUACACAAUUUGAAAAAGCAAAUUGAUGUGCUGAAUGGCAUAGCAUGGGAUAGGGAUGGUGACCGCCUUUUUGUCACAGGCAAAUGGUGGCCGAAACUUUAUGAGAUUAAGUUGCACCCUUUGAAGACACCAUUCAACGGAGACAUCAAGGAGAUGUGCAUGCCCCCGGCAUUUCCAUUUUGAUGAUCCCUACGGUGGAUUAUUCCUUUUCAAAUUCUGAAUUAUUCUGUUAGUGCAUCAAUUUUUGGGUCUACAUAGAUAGAUAGAACCACAUACAGGUUUUGGGAAUGUACUGUGUACACAGAUUUUUGUAUAUGUACUUCCUUUAUGUAGGUUCUUUUACCUAGUUUCAUGCCCAGAAAAGCAGCAGCAAAUUGUAGGUACUCAACUCAAUUAUUAUAUGGUGUAGAGUAAAAUGCAACUCAAGCA